AUGUUUGCGCUCGCCUCUUCCCGCGCCGUCACGUGCGCGCCCGCCGCCGUCGCGCGGGCGUCGCUACAAGCCGCUCGUCCCGCCGGCCGCGUUUCGUUCGCAGCUGUUCGGACGGCCGCUCCCAGCGCGCUGCGAUCAGACCUCGUCUCUGCUCGCCCCGCCAUCUCCUCCCUCUCGUGCUCGCUCGCAGGGCUGCGCCUCUCCCCUGAGAGCUCUGGGCGCAUGGUGUUCCCUGUGUCAAGGGGCUCUCGGCUGGUGGUGCGUGCAGGAGGCACCAGCAUUGGCUGCACCAAGCGCCACGCCUCCCGCAAAAAGCGCGCCAGAGUGUCUGGUUACCGCGCGCGCAUUGCCACUAAGGAUGGGCUCAAUGUGCUGAAGCGCCGCCGCGCCCGUGGCCUGCUCCGCGGACGCCCGGACCUUAUCGCGCGUGGUCUGUUCGGAUUCAACUUUUCCCGCUACGAGGGCAAGCGGGUUGUGACUAUAGAGGGCGAGCCGGCGCUCCCGUUUAUCGCGCGGUGGGCGGACAAGUACGUGGGGACGUUCCGCAGCGCGGGCGCGCGCUUGAACGCGGCGCUGGCGCACCGCACGGUGAAGGGGCUGGGGGAGAUCGACGGGAGCCAGGGCGCGUUCACGGUGCGCUCGAUCCCGCCGCGGAAAGACGCGCUCGUCAUGCAGAUUCAAGUGAACCCCGCCGCUCCCGCCGAGCGGGUGGUGGUUCCGUGGAUCGCGGAUUUCCCCCGAGGCGCGUUCAGCGACAGCCGCAGCUACUGGCUCGCCUUUUGCCGGAAAGCGGGGGAGGGGGAGGACGUGGGGGGAAGCACCACGGAAGGUUCCGCUGCUGCCUCUGGCGGCGAUGGCGGUGGCGGUGCUGCUGCCGAUGAUGAAGCUGAUGACAUCAGUAUUAUCAGUGGGAAUGCAAGUGGUGAUAAUAACGGGGCUGUUAGUAACGGGGGUGACAAGCUGGCGAAGGAAAAGGGAGAGCUGGGUAUCAGCAAGGCGGGUGGCCUCCGAGGGUUUUCCGUAGCAGUAGGGUCAGGAGGGCCGAAGAAGCGAGUGCCUUUAGCGGAUGCGACUGUAGUGGGGAUGCUGGCGCCGAGGAGGGACCUGGAUCCUCCGCCCCUAAGAGUGCGGGAGGUGGGGUUGGUGGAGGAGGAAGGAGGGAGAAAGGAGGGACUAAAUCCUCUAACUGAUGGUGCCGCGGCUGCUGGUGGUGCUGGGGGCUCGACUGUGGGUGACGCUGCUGCUGGGGGAGGUGCAUCUGGGGCGGGUGCGACUGCUGCCGACCCUGCCGCCGCCCCAGCCGCCCCUCAGCAGACGGUGCGGCUGUCGGCAGAGGGCGAUCUGUUCCCCGUGCUGCUGCUGCCGGACGAGACAGCAGUGGUGUGGCUGCACACGUUCAGCACCAAGGGAUUGGAUAUCUCCGCCACGGGGCUCACCCCCUCGCAGUACCUCUACGCGGAGUCCAUGCGCGCCCUCAGCCUUGCCACAAGGCGUGGCAAGCGUAUUGUGCUGGACGUGCGGGGAAACAGUGGAGGCAUUAUCCAGACCGCCUAUGGAGUGGUGAGGGCAUUGGCAGGGCCUGCUAAGACUCCCCCCGGGCAGCUGCAGAUGCCGCAGCAGUUGAUGAUCGGGAACGAGUACACCGCGCGACUCAUUAAAAGCAGCGCCACUUUCUUUUAUAACGCGUCGAAUUAUUGCAACGAGGCGGAGACCGCGGGGUUGAAAGGACCGGCUGAUUUCGGUCCGUUUCAGGAACUACAGUAUUCAACAGACGGGCAGCCGGGAAAUUAUUCUGCACGGGUGAAGCUGACGGAGAUGCUGACGCUGUACGACCAAUCGGAUGAUUUCAGUGGGCUGCCCAUGGUGGUCGUUUCCGACGGAACCUGCUUCUCUGCCUGCGCGGUUCUAACUCACAUUUUAAAACGGAAAGUCAAUGUCCCCAUGGUGACUGUUGGAGGGCUCAAGGACCGGCCAAUCGCAGUGAGCUCCUCGUGCCUAGGUGGCACGCUCGGCUCGCUGGACAACGGGAUCUCGCUGCCACUUGUCGGCACGCCAUUGGCCGAGGAUCCCCGGGCUACCAAGCCAUUCAAAAUGCAAAUCGACCUGGCAUUUGCUAUGCUGCAGGCAUACAGGCCCAGGGAGGGCGGCGUGAGGGGAGGGGGUACAGGGGAGGAAAUCCCGUGUGAGUUUGACUUUCUGGAAGCGGAUGCGCAUAUUGAUUUGACUAUGGAGAUGGUGGACUUUCCCAAAGUGCUUUGGGCUGCUGCGGCUGCCCUGCUUCAAAAGGGGAUGAGCUAA